CUAAUCUAGGACUUAAACUUUUUUAUUCUCUAAAUAGGACUUAAUAAUGACCUUGUGGAAAGAAUAAUGUCCUGUAAUCAUGAACAUUUAGUUGAAUAAUGACUACUUGAUAAUGACCAAAGGUCCUAGAUUGGGAAAUAAAAACAUAUGGUCCUAUAUUGGGAAAGUCAUUAUGUUUUAGUCCUAUUUAGGUAAAUUUCUCUUUUAAGUACCUCUAAAGGGUUAACUCAAAGUUGAGUUGGUUGAACAUAUACAAAUUAAGGGUGGUUUGCCGAAGGUAUUGCCGGAAUUCAGUAUCUCACUAACGUCAUAGCAAUUCGAUUCAACGUUAAGGUACACAAACAGAAUAGUGACCAAACCGGAGGACAAUGCUAAGGCGAUGGAAAGAUGGAUGAGAUGACAUAAAGAACGAUAACAAUAAUAAAGAUGUUAUUUUGAAAUAUAUAUUUUGUACGAAUAUGUUAAGCUUCCGCAUGUAUAAUAGUUACUCUGAUAUUAUCAAUAAAUAAAUAAGUUUUGUUUAAUGCUCCAUUUUGCGAUUCAAAAAGUUACACAUGUUAACACCGCGAGUCGGAUAUUCGAAUAAAUUUGGGUAUCCGGGUCGUGGCGUUACAGACCAUUUGAGCGUAAAGGUAGUUGACAAAGUCAAAAUACCCGUGAAGCUCACGGCGCAAAAUAUUGACAUUUUGGGCCGUUUGGGAGACGUUGGUGUCAAUCCGAGAAAGAUUGGCGGUCAAGGCUGCCAUUUGCUCGGCGAGAGAAGGGUUGGUCGAAGCGGUGGCCCUUGGUUGGCGGCGAGGACGAGGCUGUCAAAACGAAGUUUCGUCGGUGCCCGAGUGGAAGGAGGAUUCAUCAAUCUCCCAAUGCUUUGUCCCUUUAUCUUUGGCCCAACAUCGGUUUUGAUGUUAUACUCAUCAAGAAUCGCCAUGACGAGGAGGGCGUAGGGGAGCGGCCGAUUGUCGGAGGUGGCGCUAAACAUAUAGGCUACCUAGCUGAACUAUAGGUAGACCGAGAAACAUAAUAAGAAUACAGUUAGGAGUUACUG